AUGUUCUGCCUUCGCAGUUGGCUUCCGCUCCUCUUUAUCCCGACAAAUGCAUCGCCGGCCUUCAUAUUCCUCUUCUUUCUGUGCACCUAUUUCCUCAACCGGCCGUGCUUCUACUGCUCGUUCCUCCUCCUCAUCCUCUUCUUGACCUCCUGCAACUGGUCCGACCGAUGUUUCCUCGACCUCGGCAGCAACUGGUUUCAACCACGACCCGCGGCGAGCUACAUAUACCUGCCCAUUCCAGGGUGGAAAGCUGAAGCGGCGACCAACUCCACGGCAGCCGAGGACCUGAAUGCCACCGCCUCGGCUGUAGCUACUGAGAUGUUCAACACGACAGCUGGGGCAUUGGCGACUGCUGCCACGGAGCAGAUUGCGCGGACGAGGGUUGAGUGGACGGGGCUCGGGCUGGAAUGGCUGCGAAGUCUUCUUGGGCGGAGGGAAUGGCGGAUUGACUGCCUAGACCUUUACAUUCGCUUAUAG